CAUCCUCGGUGGGCGCGUCAUGGCCAGGUCGUUCCCCAAGCAGCGCGACGUGCACGUGGACAUGGGGGCGCAGUACUGGACGCCGCGGACGGAUCGCAACGACGACUUCCGCCAGCACCUGACGAAGAGCGGGCACUUGAUUGAGUUCGCGGAGAACGAGAUCGCCAUGGACCCAUACCGGGGACCUGUCAAGACGCACCUGGUGUGUCCCGACAGCAACGGCUUCCGCGCCAUGGUGGAGGAAUUGCUGCAGGGGACGGAGACGAAGCUCUCGACCCACUUGGAGAGCUUUGAGGUGCUGGAUGACAAGCGCAUCCGGGUGACCACGAGCGAGGGCAAGGAGGAGAUCGUGAACGAGUUGGUGCUGACUUGCCCCAUCCCGAAUAUUCUGUCCAUUCUCAAGAAGAGCACGUCGUUCAACGUCGCGCCGGAGAUUUUGCGAUCCUUGGAAGGCGUCACGUACUCCCAGCGGUUCGCUGCAGCCUACGUUUUUGACAAGGAGGCGGCUGCGGCGGUGGAGGAGCUCGGGUGGACGGCCAGGUACGUCUCUGGCGAAGAGAGCGACGUCGUCCGCUUCGUGUGUUGGGACCACCUCAAAAAGCAGUCGAAGGACCAGCCUCACCCAUCGCUGAUCGUGCACACGUCGGUGGGCUUCGGGUCCACCUUCAUGGACGAUACUCGCCACAACGACGAGAUCCUCGCCAUCAUUACCAAAUCGCUUCGAGAGAUUCUACCGUCGCUGCCUGUUCAGCAAGACGCGCGUCUGCACCGCUGGCGUAUUUCGCAGGUGAGGGUGCCGUACCACGACCCGAGCAUCGCCGAAGGAGAGGAGCCGCUAUCGGCUCUGGUGCUCAGCGCCAACCCACGCAUCAUCGUGGCCGGCGACAGCUUCCGAGGGUCGAACUUCGACAACUGUCUCGUGUCCGCCAAGGCCGCCGCCAACCUGCUGCAGGGCGGCAGCUCGCUCUAA